AUGGGUUUUCUGUCUUCUGGCAGCAAUCCCAAGAGAUUCUCAAUCCUAAUAUCGGACCCAGUCGGCGAAAACAGCCGUUCGGCACCCCCCACGGGGUCUCACCCGACGCCCGACUCGAGCGAAGCGAGAGGAGCAACCAGGGUCUGGGGCGGAGCCCCAGCCGCCGGAGGCAGGUCAAUUGGCCGAGGAGUUCAGACAACCGGUGAAUCAGUGCUAACUGGAGGUGAAGUCAACUCGUUUGAUGCGUUUGUGACGGAGCAGCGACUGGUGAAGAGUUUGGCGCUGGCUGCGUUGGAGGGCGCAACUCUGGCCGUGGAUGGCGAGUAUUUUGUGUCGCAGGUUCUCGGUGCGAAAAAUAAGGAGGAUUCGUCGUUGGCUGGUGGUCAGGGAGUUCGCGAACCGCUCGUUCAUGCUGUGGGAGGGUUCCCUUCGUCGUUGGAGGAGAGAGUUUCGAAGUUCGUCAAGCAGCUGGAUUCACACAAGAUUGAGCCAUUGUUCGUUCUUAAUGGACUUGAUCUGGUUCAAACAAGACCUUCGUUAAGUGGAAAGAAGAAACAAGCUGAUCAGAGAACUAAUGCAUGGAAUUUGUACGAAAAGGGUCAAGGAGAACAGGCAGUUUUGCUGUUCGACGAGAUUGAUCCGUUUGACUUGCAUUUAUCGGGUUUUGGUUUGAGAAAGUUUAUUAAUAUUUUAAUCAGUUUGGGUGUCAAGUUUAUUCAGGCUCCUUACACUGCCUCGGCUCAAAUUGGUUAUUUGUAUCAAGAACGAUAUGUUGAUGCGGUUUAUGGGACUAGUGAAGCAUUCCUGUAUCAAAGUAUCGAAAAGGUUAUCACCAAUAUCUCCAGUGAUGAUACUAUCCAAUAUGUUGUUAAAAAGACAGUGAUGAACGAGCUGGGAUUCUCGACCCAUGACCAGUUUGUUGAAGCUGCAAUUGGCGUCGGCUGUUCUCUCAGUGGAGGAGUGGCCUUUACUACUAUUGAGCAAAUAGUGGCAGCCAAUCCUCGAACCACUGCUCUUCGAGCUGCUCAAGAGAUCACUCAAGCUAAUGGAUCGAUCUACGGACCGGUUUUUGUGACUUCUUCAGCCCCUGAUUCCGCUUCUGUUGAUAGUACUCCAUAUUUGGAGAGAUUCCAAAAGGCACUUGCCAGUGUGGAUUUCCAACCAGUUCUCAAAGAUGAUGGAAAGGUCGAGCCGUAUCAAAAUAUCGGUAAUGUUCCUAAUGAUGCACAUGAAUUUGUGGGUCAGAGACUACCUGAUGAGAUCUUUUUCUAUCUGUCAAAGGGACUGAUUGGCCCUGAAUUGCUUGAUGCAGUGACUUCGGGCUCGCUACUAGAGUAUGCUCCUUUAGAUGGCGGAGACAAUAAAGAGUACCGGGAGUUUCUCACUAAAGAACAAAAAGAUCUCAAAAACAAGGCAUUCAACCUGCUUAUAGGCUCUUUGCAUAGAUACUACCAGUUCAAACCAAUAACAACCAAGUACUGGUACGAUUCUUCACGAGACAGUAAAUUCGAGAGAAUCAAUCCUCCUCUUUAUACGUCCACAGUUCCUCCAUGGAUUCGAGCUGUUGAAGCGAACAAGCUAGAUUCUGCUGCUGCUUCUGUAUCCUCUCCAACCUGGAAACUUCUUUUAAACCUGGAAAACACCGAUAUCACCAUCCCAGCCACGGGUUCUAAACAACUUGUACCGCUAACGAAGGAUUCCGAGAUUUUGAGUGUGUCUAUUCUGGCGACAUUGCAAACAGCAGGGUUUAUUUCUGCCGACCAGAAACUGACCAGUUGGGGUAAAGCACUUGCAAAAGGGUUUUCAGAUAUCAACCCUGCGCUUUUAGAACCGCUCAUUAUCGCUACCACUCUGUUCAAAAACGGGUUCCUCAACUCGAAACCGUUUACACCCACUGCACGUAAUGCCGCGGCAUCGACUAUUAACGGCGAUGUGCUAUUGAUUUCACGAGUGGCUGCUCAUAUCAACCUCAAACACAAUCCCAUCGGGUACACGGGACCACUGAGUCGAACUCUACUUUCUUACCAAUCACUCAUCUCGAAACAAACCCAAGAUUACCGAUUACUGUUUGAAUCGAUCAUCACCGCAAUUUUCACCAACGGCCAAGCCGAGCGAAUCAACCGUACUGACCAGCAAUGGACCGAUCUCGUCAAACAAUUACCGUUCACCAACAUUCCCAACGUCGGAACCGCCAUUGCAACCCAAUCGUAUCUCGAAGAAGUUCUAUCGAACGGUGGUGAUGUGAACAGCGCCAAAAGCUCGCUCAAACCCAUGUUCAAACAGGCCGUCGACGUGGCCACCGACGUCCACAGCGCCUUCGAACUGUGGGACGCGCUCUUCAAAGUGGCCACCGAAGCCAAAAACACCGAUCUCGUCAAAGACAAAGACUACGACCCGUUCGAUGCCGCCGACAAAUGGCUCUCCGCCAACCGGUUCUAA